AUGGGUGAUGCUGCCAUCCCCAGAGAGCACCUGCUUAUUGUCUUCUUCCAAACCCUUUCCCCAAAGCUAGUAGAAGUAGUUCAAUCUAAAUUCCCCGCAGCGGAAGUAUCUGUACUGUCUCUGCCCAGGGGAGCCCCGAUUCCAAGUGAAUCCGCACGGAAGGCCACUCUUCUCGUUACCUUUACGAAUCUCCCUAACCCGACAGAUGCUAAGAACCUCAAAAUCAUCCACUUCAUCUCUGCCGGUCUUGACCAUUCCCUUCACCACCCAAUACUGCAAGAAAUAUCCAUUCACAUCACAACCAGCUCGGGGGUCCAUGGGCCCCCAAUUGCCGAAUGGACUCUUAUGAACUGGCUCGUCGCCUCGCGCAAGUUUACUUAUACAUAUGAAAACCAGAAAAAGCACCUGUGGGGCGGAAUCACCGACUACAUGCAAGAUAUCCAUGACCAGGUCGGCAAGAAAGUUGGGAUCUUGGGAUACGGGAGUAUCGGGCGACAAAUUGGACGAGUUGCUUCCGCUCUAGGAAUGAUUGUCUAUGCAUAUACCGCGUCACCACGGUCCAGUCCAUCGUCAAGGCGCGACAACGGAUUCAUUGUCCCCGGCACGGGAGACAGGGAUGGUUCAAUCCCAGUGUCCUGGCACCACGGCACGGAUAAAGCCUCCCUCCAUGCUUUUCUCUCUAUAGGCCUCGAUCAUCUAGUCAUCUCCCUACCGCUUACCCCGCAGACGACGCAUUUCCUCGGAGCGGAAGAGUUUGCCCUCCUUGCAGCCAAUGCACACCCCGGACACGCGAAGCCGUAUCUGACGAAUAUAUCCCGCGGAAAGGUUCUGGACCAGGGCGCAUUGAUUAAUGCGCUUCGAUCUGGGGAACUGAGCGGUGCCGCGUUGGAUGUGGCAGACCCCGAGCCGCUUCCAGAGAAUCACCCGUUGUGGGAUGCUCCCAAUGUACAAAUCAGUCCACAUGUGAGCUCGCUGGGGGUCGAGUAUUUCCCGCGAUCGUUUGACGUGCUAAAAGAGAACCUGGGACGGCUGGAAAGGGGAGAGGAGUUGGUGAACGAGUACAAGCGUGGCAAGGGAUAUUGA